ACCACGGCCACAAUCUACCUACGCGCCCACCAGCUAACUCGCCAUGUCCGCCUUUCCGACCCCGCAGAAGAGCGACCCCAAGAUGAUCGGUCUCUGGAAGAUUGGGCGCACUAUCGGCAAGGGAUCUUGCGGGCGUGUGCGCAUCGCUAGACAUUCGAAAACAGGGCAAUAUGCCGCUAUCAAGAUUAUCUCUAAAACUAUCGACCCCAACAGCAGCAUCGCCGACACGGCCGAGCGCUACAAGCUAUCCAUUGAACGCGAGGUCGUCAUCAUGAAGCUGACCGACCACCCCAACAUUCUGCGCCUCUACGACGUCUGGGAGACGUCCACUGAACUAUACCUCAUUCUGGAGUACGUCCAAGGCGGCGAGCUCUUCGAUCACAUCGUCAGCAAAGGUCGACUCGCUGCGGACGAAGGCGCGCGCUAUUUCCAGCAGGUCAUCAGCGCAGUCGAGUACUUCCACCGCUUCGACAUCGCUCAUCGAGAUCUCAAGCCCGAGAACAUAUUGCUCGACCAGGACGGCAACAUCAAGAUCGCUGACUUCGGCAUGGCUACGCUCCAGGCUGUCGACAGCCUCCUCACCAGCGCCUGUGGGAGUCCGCACUACGCUGCUCCCGAGCUCCUCGUCGAGAACGUCGUGUACGAUGGAGCUGCCGCAGACGUCUGGUCCUGCGGUGUCAUUCUCUACGCAAUGAUUGUCGGCACUCUCCCCUUCGACUCUUCCGACUUGCGAACUCUCUUCGAGCUGAUCAACGACUGCAACUACGUUCUGCCUCCCGACAUCGACCCCUUUGCGCAGGACCUGAUUUGCAAGAUGCUCGUCAAGGACGUUCGCAAGCGUAUCACCAUCCCUGCGAUCAAGAAACACCCGUUCUUCUUGUCGCUACCUUUCAAGGAAACCCCGGAACCUACCUUCGGCACCUCUGCUCUCGAGCCUAUUCUUGGCGCCGACAUCAAGGAGCCUGAGCUGUUCGCCAACCUGCGCACACUCUGGCACGGACUUCCUGACGCGGAUCUACUCGCGAACCUUGAGUGCGCUAAGAAGACACAAGAGAAGACCAUCUUCCGGCUCCUCCUUGCUCAUCGCCAGAAGGUCCUCGAUCAGUAUGUGCAAGAAGAGCAAGAAGCGGUCGCGCGAAGACAUCAGCAGCAGAGACGAAAGCAGAGGCGGCGGGAGAAGGUCGACAGAGCUGCGGCGCCUCGGAACGACGCUCCUACGCCGAAGCGCGGCGCACGGCACCGCGUGUACCCGAGCGAAGAUUCAGCAACUCCUCGCAAGGCUGGCGCCCCGCGCAUUGUCUGCUCGUCGCCGUCGCCCCAAGGCAACGUGUCGCAGGUGUGGGAUAUGCUGGACGACUUGCCUCCGGCUGAUGUCUUCACUGCCUCGUCUGGCGACGGCGACUACGACGACGUCUUCCAUGCCAUCUCCGAGAUGGAACCGCUUCAUACGGGUGGCACCGCGCCGCUCACGAUCAGCCGCAAGCAGAACGUGAACAUGGACGCUUUCUGGGGCACGGACAAGGAGAACGCCACGCCUACGGUAACGCCGAAAGCUCCCAAAUCCCGCCGCGUCUUCGGCGACCUCAGGGUGCAGACGAACCUGGGCAAGAAGAGCUCGUCCAAGCCCAAAUCGAAGAAGCGCCGCGAUGAGAACAUCGCCACGCCCACCUCGUUCUUCCUUGAGCCGCCCUCGCCCAGUUCGCCGCUAGGCGCGUCUCCGAAGCACAGCUGGCUCCCCGCGCUCUUCCGCAUGCGCACGCCGCCGCAGACGCUGCUCUCCACGCAUGGCGCCGCGACCGCGCGCUCCGAGGCGCGGCGCCUGCUCAUGCGCAUGGGCGCGCACGUCGCGCUCGAGGACGUCGCGGGUCCGGGCAUCCUGCGCUGCCGGCUCGACGACACGCGGGACGCGGCGGGGGUGAUGGGCGCGCUGAAGGCGGUGCGCUUCCGGGUGGAGGUGCGCAUGCUGGGUCGGGAGGAGGAGGACUUCCGGGUGGCGUUGCUGGUGGUGCACGAGAAGGGGUCGGCGGAGAGCUUUAGGACGAUGUGGAAGAGGUUGCGGCAGGAGUGGACGUUGGAUGUGGUGGGGGCGGGGACGCCGUGUGAGGUGGCGCCUAUUCCGCCGCCGAAGGAUAGACGCGUGUUGGGAAUGGCCCUUUAGACAUCUUGACUGCACCCGUUUACACAGAUGUAUAUUCAUGCGCAUAGAAAUAUCUCCUGGGAUACUUUGGCCGCAAGAGAACUGCCUUUCACGCG